UAGGAGCUCAUAAGCUAGAGUAUAGUAGAUAGAUUUAGAGUUCCUGAGCAUUUCAGAGAGAAAAAAACCUCUCCGUUAUGGCUUGCAAAAACUUCUCCGUUAUGACUUGCAUGUCUCUGUUGGCCGGUGGCUUCAUGCCAAAGUCGACCUUGGUCCGCAUGCCUCAUACCAGGCUAUGCUACCAGCGUAAAACUUUGAUCAUAAAUGCUAAACGUGGAGGUGAAAUUAGUCACGGGGGCGGUGGCAAAAUCAAUAAAGGAGGAAAACCCAAGGAUACGGCUAAUGAUGCAAACGAGAAGCUCCCUCUUGGCGGCUUCAACAAUGAAAAAGAAAAUAAGAAGAAAGGCGAAGAGAAAGUAGGCGAUAAAAGCGAAGAGAAAGUAGACGAUAAAACUACAGUGAACAAUAGAGCCACUGGUUAAUGGUCAAUUAAAAAGUGCAGGACUGUACGGUGAGCUGGGCUCGCCAUGGAAACAGUGCUGAAAGAUUGAUAUUAUUAGCAGGGGGGACUCCAUCACGUGUGUUUCUGUUCUGGCAGCUCUGAACUGCUUGCUAAGAAGCAAAAUGAGGUUGCCUAGUUGUGUGAAAUAGUACUGGACGUCGAGUUUUUCUUUUUGGUUCUGUGUUGCUUGAGAAUGACAAGAUAUGUUUAUAGGUUUGGAUAGGUUUGUAGUAGCAAAAGUUAAGUUUAUGCAGUAUGUAGUAGCUAGGGCUUGGACUUAAGGUGCUCGUAGUUGCUUCUGUAUGGUGAGGAAAAAUUGGCUCUCCACUGCUGUACUUCUCUCUAUUAUAUUUCUAAUGUAUUUGUGAGUGAUUGCAGUAAUGUAUUUUUUUUU